AUGUCCUGUCAGCAGAGCCAGCAACAGUGCCAGCCCCCUCCCAAAUGCAAGACCCCAAAGUGCCCUCCGACUUCUUCCUGCUGUAGCCUGGGUUCUGGGGGCUGCUGUGGUUCCAGCUCCGGGGGCUGCUGCAGCUCUGGAUCUGGUGGCUGCUGUCUGAGCCACCACAAGCCCCGAUUCUCUCUCCGUCGCCGACGUCACAGCUCUGGAUGCUGUAGCAGCGGUGGCAGCAGUUGCUGUGGCAGCAGCAGCGGUGGCAGCAGUUGCUGUGGCAGCAGCAGCGGUGGCAGCAGUUGCUGUGGCAGCAGCAGCGGUGGCAGCAGUUGCUGUGGCAGCAGUGGUGGCAGCAGCGGUGGCAGCAGUUGCUGUNGCAGCAGCGGUGGCAGCAGUUGCUGUGGCAGCAGCAGCGGUGGCAGCAGUUGCUGUGGCAGCAGUGGUGGCAGCAGCGGUGGCAGCAGUUGCUGUGGCAGCAGCAGUGGUGGCAGCAGUUGCUGUGGCAGCAGUAGUGGCAGCAGCAGUGGCAGCAGCAGCUGCUGUGGUAGCAGUGGGGGCAGCAGUGGUGACAGCAGCAGUGGCAGCAACAGCCAUCAGCAGUCUGGGGGCUCUAGCUGCUGCUCUGGAGGUUGCUGCUGA